CUGUUUAACGCAAAGAAAAUCCCAAUUCACCGGUGUUCUAAACCCAAAAUGGCAAACGCUGAGAGGGGGGAAAGGUAAUCAAUGUUCUGCCAAAACUGCCAGCAACAGAUCUGCAUGAUUGCAUCCAUAUAUACAUUCAUUCGUUGCAAAACGCCACGCGCACAUGUCAGAGCACCGUAACCUGUUUGCAACACCCCAGCCCCAGCUCCUCCGGCUCAAACCUCCAUUAGAUUCAAGUUGCCAUUCUAUAGCUUCAGGCACUAUACAAAGGAUAAUAUUUAGCCGGUACGUUGUUAUAUGAAGUCCAUCCAUCACACAAUUCUACAAUCUCUUUCGCACCUUACGAUCACUUGGAACUAGCAUCUCUAUUCUUGACUUCCUUGAACUGAGUCUCAAUGGAUCUGUUUCGCCAAGUGUUGAUCCUCGCGACGCUCGUCCUUCUAGUCGUCAUAUACUUUCACAAGAGCAAUACACGACGGCGUUCCCUUCCUCCUGGUCCCAAGCCGCUUCCUAUCAUAGGCAACGUCCUUGAGAUACCUACAGAACGAUCUUGGAUAAAGUACGCAGAGUGGGGAAGGCUAUAUGGUGACGUGAUCCACGUAAAGGCCCUCGGACAAUCCCUGAUUGUUUUAAAUUCGGCCAAAGCUAUCUUUGACUUGCUUGAGAGGAAAGGUGGGAUAUACGCUGAUCGUCCACGGGUGGUGAUGGCAGGAGAUCUGGUUGGAUGGAACAAUAGCCCCUUCUUAGGCCAUAGUGGACCUAGGCAUAAAGAAUACCGACGCUUGUUUACCGAGGUUUUAAGUGCCCGCAAAGUCGAAGAAUGGCGUCCCUUGCAACAAGCGAAGGUGAUUCAGCUCGCGGCUCAGUUGAUGAAGUCCCCAGAUGCUUUCAGAGCUCACAUUAAGAGCCAUGUUGGUAAUCUCAUAUUCGAGAUAUCGCAUGGUCAUGUGGUUAAAGAUGACAGUGAUGCCCUCCUUACCGUCGCACAACAAGUAGACCAUGAUUUUGCGGAGAUGGUAGUCCCAGGUGCAUUUCUGGUCGAUGUGUUUCCCGUUUUACGCCAUCUACCUUCCUGGACCGGGGCUUCCUUCAAACGAAAAGCAAAACGAUAUAGGGAAACAUUGACAGCCGCUCUUGAAUGGCCUUACCAACAAGUGAAGGAUCAACUCGCCGCGGGAACUGCAUUGCCUUCUUUUACUACCAGUCUAAUUGAACGCAAGGAAAACGCGACAGAAGAGGACGAGUUCAAUUUCAAGUGGGCUUCGUUGGGCUUUGUUCUAGCAGGUUCAGAUACCUCGUAUGGCAGUCUGACGUCCUUUGUAUUGGCUAUGGCUCUUCACCCAGAGGUUCAACGGAAAGCACAAGCCGAGAUAGAUUCUGUUGUUGGGGCUUCUCGGUUACCCACUUUCUUGGACCGACCAGACAUGCCAUACGUUGAAGGGCUGGUGCGGGAGGUGUACAGAUGGAACCCUGUUGGUCCAAUUGCUUCCCCUCAUCGACUUACUACGGAAGCAGAUGAUGUAUAUCGUGAUUGGACAAUUCCUAAAGGCUCUGUUGUCAUAGCUAAUAGCUGGGGAGUUAUGCAUGAUCCAGAAGUAUAUCCUGAUCCUUUCGAGUUCAAUCCCGACCGAUACGUACUUGGGAAAACGAAUGAUGGAAUUCGUGUAUGGAGUGAUCCUUUAGGCCCAGAUCAAAUGAUUAAUCCUGACCCAAGAAAGUUUGCAUUUGGGUAUGGACGAAGGAUCUGUCCAGGUCAGUUACUCGCGGACGACACGGUGUAUAUGGGAAUCGUUACCAUGCUGGCACUAUUCGAUAUAGGCCCUCUUACUUCUGGAAAGCCUCCUCAGUACACUCCCAAUGUGAUCAGUCACCCUGAACAUUUUGCGUGUUCCAUGAAACCACGAUCUCACCAGGCUCAGGACUUGGUAAUGGGCCAUUAAACCUAAUUGACUGUGCUCCAUGUUUAUACUUAUGUUGUAUGUACAUAGUUGUUUCAUAAAUUGUAUCUUUUUUCUCUGGCGGCUGAGC